AUGAGGUUUACUCCUAGUGUGCUGUUGGAUGCACCUGAAUACUAUGUGGAUCAUCUGAAUGGGAAACACGACGUGGAUAAGUGCACGAUUCUUCGAAAUUUGCAGCUAGAGACUGAUACAGAGUCGAUGCCGUCGAGUUUGAAACGACUGUCUAAACCAACGCAUAUAUUGGAUCUUACGAACAAUGAGCUUGUUGCUAUACCCGAUCUGCGAGAUAGGAGCGACAUCCAUACGGUUCUACUGUCGCGAAACCAGAUCACGGCUACGAAUGGCAGGUUGUUGCCCGGCAGGAUACGCAAUUUGGUGGUUGCGAAUAAUAAUAUUUCUACAUUGGAGCAGCUGAACGGUUUGAAGAACGCACCUGGCAGCCUGGAAACCCUGGUGCUUCGGGGGAAUCAAGUCUGCCAUCUACAGGGCUACCGGGAACAUGUGCUUCGAGCGGUGCCGAACCUUACGGUACUGGACUUUGAGAGAGUUACGCAAGAGGAGCGAGUUCGUUCAAGAGAGACACAAGAAAUCGACAUUGCUAGCGAAGCUGUGGCCACCGGCGUCAAGAGAGAUAAAUCGUUGGAGAUCGCGGAUCUUGUUGUCAGCAAGAUGAGCGAGGAAAGAAAGAACGAGCUGAAAGCUCAGUUGGCAAGCGCUACUUCGUUAGCAGAAAUAGCUCGCAUCGAGAAGCUUCUCGCCGGCGGCGUCUGA